UUUUCUGCUCUGAAAGAAAAAAAAAAACACAUGGAUUUAGAUUUUUAUACAAUUUAAGAAGAGCAAAGAAUAUUUAUUUUUAUGACUGUACAGAAAGAACACAGAAUCAUCAGUGAAGUUUCUCAUCACUCCAAGGCGUUUUCUCAUCCGCCUCUUUGGACUAUAUCCUAAAAAUAAGUUGAUCUACUUUCUUCGUAAGGAAAGCUUUUUUCUUUGUUGGGAAAUACUACCGGGAACAAAAAAAUACGCAUGCAAGGCAAGUUUUUUUUUACUCAAUGCAUUAAGGUUUCUUUCAGCCUCCAUAUGAUGCUGUUUUCCCCAGAGGCAGUAGAGUCCUACAGCCACUAAUGUGAGCCUCUAAUUCAGUUUUCCACUCUCGCGCAGCACUGAUUCUUUUUUCCUCCACCAAAGUCACCCACGAGGCGCGCUGCGUGCCCAGCAACGGAUAAAUAAACCUACACUGGUGUCUUAGUGUCGCUGAAUUAAUGUUGAUGGAGGGAAAACGCAAAAGGGGAAGGUUUUGAGAUGAAGUUGGAGACUCUGUCACCAAAUACAGGAGGACGCGCCUUUUGACAGCCUUUAUUUCAAUUUUUUCAUUAUUUUGAGAGCUCCUGCCGGGAGAGGAAAAGAAUGGCGCUGAGUGGAAACUGCAGAACUAUUCCCAAAGACCUGCAGGCUUCAGUUCAGAACAGUUUCCCUGAUGUUGUUGAGUUAAACGUAGGGGGGCAGGUUUAUUACACCCGCCACUCAACUUUGGUGGGGACCCCGAAUUCGUUGCUCGGUAAGCUGUUCUCCUCCAAAAAAGACGCAUCUAACGAUUUGGCGAGAGACCCCAAGGGCCGGUACUUCAUCGACAGGGACGGGUUUUUAUUCCGAUAUGUUCUGGACUACCUCCGGGACAAGCAAGUCGUCCUGCCGGAUCACUUCCCCGAGAAAGGGAGGCUCCGGAAAGAGGCAGAGUACUUCCAGCUGCCCGACCUGGUGAAGCUUUUGACCCCAGAGGACAUCAAGCACAGUCCGGACGACUUCUUUCACAGCGACCAUGAAGAUAGCUCUCAGGGUAGCGACCACCGACAGUGCCCACCACCCUCUCUGGUCCCCGCGGACAGGAAGAGCGGUUUCAUCACGGUGGGAUACCGGGGGUCGUGCACCAUGGGCCGGGAGAGCCAGAGCGACGCCAAGUUCAGGAGAGUACCUCGGAUACUGAUCUGCGGCAGGGUGGCUCUGGCUAAAGAGGUGUUCGGGGAGACUCUCAACGAGAGCCGGGAUCCGGACCGGACCCCGGAGCGAUACACCUCCCGGUUUUAUCUCAAGUUCAAGCAUCUGGAGAGAGCCUUUGAUAUGUUGUCGGAGUGCGGUUUCCAGAUGGUGGCCUGCAACUCCUCAGUCACUGCCUCGUUUGUCAACCAGCACACAGAGGACAAGAUUUGGUCCAGUUACACUGAAUACGUCUUCUACCGUGGUCCAUCACGCUGGUCUUCUCCUCCAUGUGACUGCUGCUGCAAAAACCACAAGGGUGAUGGGGAAGGUGAGAGUGGCACUUCAUUCAACGAGCUUUCAACCUCCAGCUCGGAGAGCCAGUCGGAGACCAGCUCUCCCCAGGGAACAGUCAUCAGAGGUCCAGUCAGCCGUCAGUCGCACCCUCAUGCCAAGGUCCAGACCCUCGACAGGCCACCUAAGAAAGGCCCAGUUAGCAUGAUUCAGCAGUCUGACCAGCGACGAAAGAGUGACUUGCUGCGCACUCUUACAGCCAGCUCGCGAGACACCAGUGGCUGCAAGAAACGGCCGGUAAAAGAAAAGCCAACGGUUCAGGAGGAGCUGCAAAAAUGCAUUCAAGACUUCCACAAGAUCAAGAUCCCAGAGAGGUUUCCUGGAAGGCAGUAUGUGUGGCAGACCGACCUGCUGAGAAAGUACCGCCUUUGAGCCUGAAUUUUGGAGGGAAGCGUGGAGGGAGCAAGCAAGCACACGGCCAAGGAUCAGUUACUGUUUUUCCAUCAUGGAUUUUUUCAAACAAAAUCAACUUUGAGGAGGACACUUCAUGACGUAAUGUUGAAAGUUAAAAGAAAGAAAUAAUUAUCAAAAAAGGCAGUUGCAAAGGUUCUUGGUAAAUGUAGUAUGUACAGUUUGUGUUUCUAUGUAGUUUAGACCAAGUAUAUACUGUAUGUAUGUGCAAUAACUUGCAGACUGCAUCAGCAUUGGACCAAAACAACAAAGCUAACUGAUCAAACAGCUGAAAUCAUUACUGGUUGCACCUGGUGUUACUGAUGGCUAAUGGAUUGCACGGACUGUAAUCAGCCGUCCUUUUGACUGAAAAAAAUUACAAAGCAACAUUUCUGAUCCAACAAAGACAAACACUGAUUUACUGCGUGAUUGUAUGAGUGUGGUGGUGUGUACGUGUGUGUUUGUACCCAGGUGGCCUGGAGGUCAAAGAUAAAUCUGCAUCGGGACUCAUCAAUAAUUCAUGCAGUUCUAACAGAGCUCUCACCAUAAAUACUCCCUGAGAUUUCUGCUGCCAGAGUGGCCCAAACAGCUGGGCUGAUUACUUUACUUUUAGGUAACAUUUGGAGACUCUUGAGCCAGAAGGAGGCACAAUUUCAUCAGCAUAUAAAUUAAUUCCCCUUCUUAGAGACAGGUUAUGUUGCAAAUGUGCCCCAAGAGCACCAAGCAGCAGCACAUUGCUCUAGUUUUUACAAAGCUGCCUGGAUGUAAAUUAACAGCCAGUUGUGAGGAAUAAGGGAAAGAGAAAAAGCAAAGGGUUGGUAGAACUGAGUAAAACUGUAAAACACAGUCAUCAUAUUCACAUAAACAAAAACAAAAAAUUCCACCUUACUCACACUGAACAAUAAAUCAUGGUAUAAUUAAAGCCUCACUUGGUUUGACAGUACCAUACAGCCAGGAAAGGCUGUACUAGUGGUGUUUUCUAACUCUCCCAACACGGUUCAAGGCUUGAGCUAUUGAUUAGCUUGUCAACAGUUUCUGUUGACAAGCUAAUCAAUAGUUAUUGAUGAUCGGUCUGAUGAAAGAGCUGAUAUAUGUAGUUCUUGUUUACAGUUACUAAUGAAGUCUUUGGGUUUCUAACAAAAAGAUGCAACUUGUGAUUUAUUAAAGAUUAGCCAUUACUCUUGUAUUUAAGUUAGCAGAAGCAAGGGAAUGUAUUGCAAAGCAGCUACAGAAAUUAGGAUAGCAGUGAUCUUUAAUAAAAAAAACUAAAAGAAAAACUGCUACAAUACUAGAUAAAUAAAGUUACUUCACCUUUUUAUUGAAAUUAUAAUGGAAACAUUAAAGUCCAAUUUAAAUUAUGUGGUUUAAAAUAAUGACAAUCAGCUGGUAAAAGUUUUUGUAUUUAUCAAAAAAAAGUCUUUGUCAAACUAAUUAUUUUCUUUUUGCCACAGUUCGUUCAGCAAGUGUGCUGGGUCAUCUGAAGAGACAUUUCAUCAAAAACAAACAUAAAAAUAGCGAGUAUGCUCCAAUAUUGAGAUUUUUGAAUGAUCACAUUAAAGUAGUUGGCUGCACUUAACUCUUGAUAUGUUAUAUUCUCAAAAGUAUUUUCUCGUCUCCUUUCACAAACAUGAACUUAAGUUACACUCCACUCUUAAUGAUAUUUAGAAACAUCUUGCACAUUAUAACAUAGUAACAGAAGAUACUGAGAGGAUGAUAGUUGGUCCUUUAAAAGACUUCAGACAGCUGUAGGACUCCAGAGGAAUUGAUCAAUGAGAUGGCAUUAACUUUAAGCAUUAUAGAACUUUAUGCUUUAUAGAAAAUCUGCAGAUACUUAACGUUAAACAAAUAGAAUCUAAAUCUGUGACCAAAACAUGUCAAUCAACAAAUCCCUAGACAAAAGCAAUACACUUAAUAUUAAACAGUGAGAACAACAAUGAAAUGAAAUACUGCAACUACAUGUGCAGAAAAAAAGGCUCCUAUAACGACAUGUAAAUGUAGUUUCUGUUGGAUGAUAUUCUGGGUGUCCUUAAAUAUCUGUCUUGUGUGUAAGUAACAAAAAAACCUUCAAAGAACAUCAAUAUAUUUGAAAAAAGAACUAAUAGAAAUCUGACAUAAAUUAUUUUAUUGGUUUUGAGCUUUAAUAUUCUUAAAGUUGAAAUAAUUUGGGUUUUGAAAUGAUUAAAAAUAUUUGUUAUUCUUUUAUUAUUUCAGAGCACACAUUAUUAAAACAAAUAUAACAAACUUACUAAAUACUUAUCUUGAUAUAGGUUUAUUUAAAAAAAAUGCCCCUUCAAAUGCUUUAUUGCUAUAGAUAUUUUUAUAUCCAAAGGACUUUUAUUUCAAUAUAAUUGCUGAAAUGUUCUCAUGCUGGCCACAAAAUGAAUUUAAUGUGAGAGUUUACAGAGAGCUAUCAUUCACAGAUUCCCAUUUAUCAGUUCAGAUUUAUAGUAAUUUAUAGUUGGGCUCAGGAAACGUGUUGCAGGAGGUUCCAAAGGAGAAACAGCCACAUGUUAAAUUUGAGGUAAAAUAUGGCUUAUUUUUUUAUGUUUCCAAAAUAUUUUGGUUUUACUUUAAUGUAUUUUAUCAGUUUUAUUUGAAGACUAAUUCUUUUCAUGUGGACUACAUAUCAUAUGUAAAUAAGCACAAUAAAUCAUAUUCAAGUAGCACAAUGUAAUAUACUCUGUACAUAAAGCAUCUAGAUCAGCGAGGCGCUGCUGCUCUGCUAUCUCAGUGAUCCAGUAGUUCGUUAAAAUGUGUAUUCCGCUCUUUGUUUUGGAAUGUAAUGCUUGACCAUCACAGGUGAAAGAAAAUAAAUUACAUACCUGUAAAUUACAACCAAUUUCCAGUAAUUUGGUAAGGACAACAGUAUUAAAGGGAACAGUUAGCAUUUUUGUCUCUGAAUGCUGCAGAAAUAGUCAAAUAUCACUAAGAUAUUUCAACAAUCACAUUUUCUGUAAGCUGAGUUAUUCAAAAAGGAUCAUUUUUGAAUCUGAAAGGUUGUACGUAAAUAAGUUUAAAUUUGAAACGUGAAACUAAAUUCAAGCUGAACAGGAACUGAUCAAGAAAUUGUGUGGUGCUGAACGUGUUUUACAGUUAUUUAUCAGAAGGUCUUCUAUAUUUUAGUCCAAAGCAUCAGCCAUGGACUAUGCAGCCAUAACUGCAUGGAAAAAAGUAAAGUUGGAAUGCAAUGAAAGUGCAUUGUCAGGGAAAAAUAAUAAUGAAGAAUCUGCACAAAAAAUAACAACAACCAAGUCUAUUCAAACCAACAAGGAUAAAUGGAUAAUUUUGUUGAGUUAUUGUGACAACUCAUUACAUUCAAUAGUCAUGUUUGCUGUUGUACUUUCUGCAUGAAAUGAAACAGUAAUGUAAAGCUAAAAUUCAAGAAGUUGAGCCUAUUUCAUGUUGUUAGCAUCCACAUGUUUUUUCCACAGUAGAAUACAUAUUUUGUAGGGCCUUUUGAAAAAAAAAAAUCAUCUUAACUUUUUGAUCAAUAUACAGGCACAAGACAGAAGGGAAGGAAAAAGGAUCAAAUUUAUUCUCCUGAGGCCCAGAAUCGUCAGCAAUAUUGAAUACAGGAACACUUUUUUGACAUUGUUCCUGCCAGUACCUUUGAAACUCUCUGUAAGCUCAUAGAAUUAUAAAAUAAAACAUGUGAUCAAUAUGACUCAUUUAACGUCACAUGCCAGCUGACAUUAAACACAUGGUUCCAAUAAUUCAAAGGGCGAACAUACAUAUUAGUUCAUUUGUUCUGAAGCACAACAAAAAAAUUACUCAGGAUCAAUUAUUUGAUCACUGCAUUAAAAAUCACUUCAUUUUAGUUUGAUCUGUUAUCUGAACUUCAAUCUAUAUUGUCUAAUGCUUGAAUUCACAUAUCAGACAAGCAUAAAGAUUCAAACACACAUGACUUUACAGGGAGAGAUUUCUGAUUGCCUCUCAGAGAAAGGUUGCAUAGCUUUUCGCUCAUAUGGAGUUUUAGAAAAUAGUAAUACCCCUUAUACAUUAUUUUCAGAUUUCACAUAACAAACACAAACUUAUAUGUACUUAUUUGUGUAUGUUUGUACAGAAUAGUGAUUCAUUGUAAAAUAAUACACUAUGACAAAUGAAAAUCUGAAAAGUGUGGUGUGAAUAUGCACUCAGUCCAAAGAGGCGAAAAGUAACUCUGAAGGAGGAGAAGGCACUCUCAACCCAGGUUUAGGAAACAUUGUGUGUGGAGGAAAAAAAAAAUCUCUGAACACACCGUGCUUAACACAAUCGGUGUAAUUUUGGAAUAAAUCUAAAUGUAAAUGAGAAUUGUAAUGCUCACAAACACUCUCCAUCCAAUGUGACUAAGCUUUAGUUAUGCUAUCAAGAAAACGGAUCAUUAUUUCAGUUUCUAAAUGUUUAAAGCUGAUUAUGAUAAGUGUUUAAUAAGGAAGGAGUGGCACACCACACUGUUCAGAGUUGAAUUUCUUUAAGUUUUUAAAGCCAUGUAUGUACUAGUUAAACACUACUUGUCUACAUAAAAAUGCAUUAAUUUUUGCAGUUGUCUCCUGAUGAAAUGCGAAAAAACAUCAAGGUGUAUUGAUAAUUUUGCAAGGCUCUAUAAAACUGCAAAGUUCCAUUUGGCUUUCUUGCAUUUCAUUUUCACUCCAUGUUUAAUAGAAAAAAUAUGCUGCUACCAGGAUCUGUUUGCUUGACUCUGUCUGCUGCUUCUUGUUUUUGUUUUGCUUUUAUACAUUCUAGAAACAAGGUCAUCCAUGCAGCUGAAAGUAAAAGUCAUUUGCAAACAUACGAAUGAUUGAAAAUUUAAACGGACAUUUGACACCUGGUGGCCUUCUAGAAUUGUCUACAGCUGUUUUUGCACAAUGUAUAGAAUAAUCUACAACACACAAACAGGGAAGUAUUUGAAAGCAAAGAGUUGCAUCCAUGUCCAGCACAUCAGCACAGACCCAACUCAUAUCUAUCUUCAAACAGUUUGAGCGCAUGACUUGAUAUGAGGUUCUUUCUGCUUGAAAUUAUACUGAUUAAUGUAAAUUAGUAAAUCGCGUGUGCAAUUUAUGUCUUAGGACAAAUGUGAUGUUUGAAAAUGAGGAGAGCCUGAACCAAUGUUAAGUUUGCCAGUUUAUGGUUUUUUGCAGCACUUUUUAUGUCUCAACCGGAUUUUCUCCCCUAAAGUUAUGGCCAUGGCCUUUAAACAAAACCCAAGCACAUGACUGAAGCCCUCGCUUUGUUUAUGCUGCCAGUCACAAAAACAAGUCACAAUAUUCCAACAUCACAAUGGCAGACCUGGAGUCAUGUGUUUGAAGCAAAAGGGCGUGUUUUUAUGUAUGUUUAUGUGACACACAUUACAAAAAGAAAAAAAGCAACAAAACAUUGUGAGCAUGUUGGUAUAAACUUAUGACAGAUUUAAAUUAGUCUGUUCUUGUGAAAUGAGUAUGUGACAAACAAAUAUUUGACUGAAAAGAAAACAUUUUAAAAAAGAUAAGCACAAAUGUGUCGAUUGUUGCUGUUGCUCCGCUGGUGUAUAAAGUUCUUAAUAAAACAACUCUGCAACAUGACUGAACUCCUGCAAAACAAAGCAACUCUCAUGGCCAGCUUGAUGUUAAUAGAAACUUCUACACAACAAAUCAUCAUAGAACUUCUAAACAUUAUUUGCUAACUGUAGCAUUUCAUAAUCCUGUCUUUAAAAAUCUUUAUUUUUUCUUUUGAACUGUGGAUAAAAGUAAUUCACUACAAUAAAACUGAAUUUCAAAGAGUUUGCCAUCUGUCCUGAGAGUUGCUCUGUAUUUAAGGUGUUAUGUUCUGUUUCUGUGUCUGCCUUUAUAGACAGUACAAUUCAUUUGAAAGUCUUUAGAUAAAAAGCUGUCAUUUUGAAAAUGUAUGAGUACAACCAAUAAACAAGAUGAA